GCACACAGGUCUGAGUACAAGGCUUACAGAGAUGUGAAGCCGACAAAGAUGAUCCGGGCCCGGUCCCAGUACCUCCCCCCCGACGAGAAGUCCAGCCUGGAGACGAGCUACAGCGCCACCUACAAGGGCCAGGCCCCGCUGCGGCUGGACAACAAGGACCACAAGGCCCUGGACCGGAGGAGGAUACGCAGCCUGUACAGCGAGCCGUACAUGGACCCCAUCACACAGGUUGACAGAUACAGUGCUCUCCGCACUAAACCCAAAAGGCCUGGAGGCGCCCUGGGCAAGCCAGGGAAGAAAGCCAAAGAUAAGCAGAGCGCCGCACUGAGGGGCUCCAAGAAGACCACCUCGGAGAGCCUGCCCGAGAGCCGGCCCGCCGCGGGGGACAAGGAGAAAAGUAAAGAGAUGAACAACAAACUGGCUGAGGCAAAAGAGUAAAAAUCCUUUAGCAUACUUCUCCUUUUAUCUCUUAUUUGUUGGGGAAAAAACACAGAGGCUGCAAAACAUUUCAUUUAUUCUCCACUUUCCCUCUGUUUCCCUCCCUUUCUUUCCUCUCUUCUUUGAUCGAUCUGUCACUCAUCCUUCUCCUCUGUCCUCUUUCACUACCUCUUGGCUAAUUUCUAUAAGAAUAAUAAGAUGUCGGGGUUCAGACAUGACAUGCCAUCUCUCCUCCCACCUCAUGCUAUGUCACAUCGCUAUAGUAACGAGUGGGCGGGAGCAUCCUCUUCCUCCUCCAUUUGAUGCCACCCCCACUCUGCUCGCCUCCAUCUCCAGGUUGCCAUGGCUACUGGUUGCCUAGGCAAGGCAAUGGAUGGCUGUAUUUGCAUGAGCUGGCUUUGAUCGGCUCGGCAGAAGCUAUGUCGAGUUUAUCAAGGAUUUUUGAGAAAAGAUAAUUGGCACUUUGGAUUCAGUCUGCUAAAUGAAAGAUCUUUGAUAAAUGUCCCGCUUGGUUAGUCAUGAGUGUGUGAUUCAGGCUCGGUGUGUACCUGCUCCGUCAUCUCUGCUUCUGUUCUCUGUUCAUGGCAGAGCUCAAGUAUCACAACGCUCUGUUCAAUGUGAUCAAUGUCUCAUUUUCACCUGUUGUAUGAACACUACAUUGUUUUUAGUUUAUCUAGAAAUGCUGUGCUAUCCUAUUCAGCUUUUGCUCUUUCAUGUGCAGUCCAUCAACACAGUUAUAUUUCACUCAAGGCUAUUUUGUAAUAACCACUGUGCUGCCAACAACCAUCUGGGUCAUGCUAUACUGAUUAUGCAUUAAACACCAGUCAUCUGCCUGGAUCUUAUUAAACUAAAUACUGUGGUGCAGUCAUAGUGACAUUUAGCAAUCGUUAAAGUGUGCCAACAUGUCUCAGCAGCAUUAGAGAGGGAUGAGUUCAGGGGAAUUGUUUUCAGGUUGUAUCCGAUCAGCCUAGCACAUAGAGCUGUCAGUCAAAAGCCAUAACUCAGUAAUCACUCACAUUGUUGUGUUUAUUAACAAGACUGAUCCCUCUGCAGAGCUUUGCAGCAGUUAUGCAUUUCGCAGUGGCAUUUUAACAAACACACACCUGCUUUUGGCUUCUUCAUGGGACGACAGCAGACAGAUUAUAUGAAUGGUUCAUUUCCAUAAUCUUUAAAGAGGGAGAUGUAUGGAUGAAGCACAGAUUGACGUUUUUAAUAAAUCAUGAACAAAUCACUGCCAUUUGUUACAAUCUUUUUUUUCAAGUAUAAGAAGUUUUUAUCGCAUUUCUUUUAUAGUAGUUUGUUAUAAUAAGGGCGAAAUGAUGAUGAAAAGUGAAAAGUAUUUCUUUUAUACUGAUUUAUUUUUGGACUCCAGUGUGCAUCACUCUUUGUUUCUGAAUCAAUGUGAAUCCACUUGUUUUGUCCAAAGAAUGAGUGUAUGCUGGUUUAGUUUAUUUAACCCUCCUGUUGUCUUCAGAUCAAAUCUGAUCGAUUUACUACUUUCAUCAAUCAUAACUUUUUUGUUUUACAUUCGAUUGCAUUAAGGCUUUAUGAUAUCCUUCUCAGUAGACAUUUCAACAUAUCAAAUUGCUGAUCACCCCUUUCAUUGAAUUUUUGAUGAUUUAGUCAAC